UUACCUUCAAUGCAUCUUUAGAUGCUAUCAUUUCCAGUAGAACCAGCAAUACAAAUACUAUGGUGCUAGCAUGGACAAAAAAAAUAAAAAAUCAUCUUAAAAUGACAUUCUUCAACAUUGCCCAGGGCAUUCAUGCUUUUGAUUACCACUCUUGGCUCAAUUUAAUAGCAACUGCUGGAAUUAACAAUAAAGUUUGCCUUUGGAAUCCCUAUGUUGUCUCUAAACCAGUGGGUGUCCUUUGGGAUCACUCAGCCAGUGUAAUAGCCAUCCAAUUCUUUGCUGAGAGAAAACAACUUUUCAGCUUCUCCAAAGAUAAAGUUUUGAGACUCUGGGAUAUUCGACACCAGCUGUCCAUCCAGAGGAUAGCUUGUUCUUUCCCCAAAAGUCAGGACUUCAGAUGCCUCUUCCACUUUGAUGAAGCCCACGGACGACUUUUUAUCUAAUUUAAUAACCAGCUGGCACUGCUGGCGAUGAAAAGUGAAGCUAGCAAGAGUGUGAAAAGCCACGAGAAAGCAGUCACCUGUGUUCUGUACAAUUCGGUCCUGAAGCAGGUUAUCAGCUCUGAUGUGGGGUCUACUGUUUCCUUCUGGCUGAUAGACACUGGGCAGAAAAUCAAACAGUUUACUGGUUGCCAUGGCAAUGCAGAAAUCAGCACUAUGGCCCUUGAUGUAAAUGAGACACGGCUUUUGACUGGCAGCACAGAUGGAACUGUAAAGAUAUGGGACUUCAAUGGAUAUUGUCACCACACACUAAACAUUGGGCAAGAUGGAGCUGUAGAUAUUUCACAAAUCCUGGUUCUUAAGAAGACAAUAUUGGUUACAGGCUGGGAGAGGUGAUAUGCUUCGUGCAAAACUGGAGGAAGGGCUAUUACUGUGUUUCGACCCCAGAACUUCAAUCAAUUUUUCAUCCAGCCUGAGGAGUGGAAAGGAGGAGCUCAGCACCAUGAUAACAUCUUGUGUGCUGCAUUUUUACCUCCGCAAACUCUAGUUACAGGGAGUUAUAAUGGAGAAAUUCUUCUGUGGAACAAUAGCACAGCAAAUGCUCACUGUGUGGUUCAACCUGAUUACCAGAGGCCACUAAAAUCAAAAUCAGAUACACAACCUCAAAAGCUUCUCAGUGCUGGGAGGAGCUACUUCAUCCACCCCAAGGCAGACCAGGCUACCCUGGGAGCCCUCACCUUUGAGACUGACACCAAGGGAAAUAAUGCUGUUAUGAGACUUUGCUUCCUUGAAGCAAGAAAAAAUAUUGCAGUGACAGGAGGAGCUAACCUGGUAUCACGUGAAGGAUCUGGUUAUGUCAGAUUCUGGAAUACAGCAAAGCAUUGGCAUAUUGAAAACUGUCUUUCUCCUCCCAAAAGAGAUACUAAUUUAAUCGAAAGUGAGAUCCAAGUGGGAAGCUUGAGAGUAAUUCCUUUAUUUUCUAAGGAAGAAUCACAUUUAGACCCAACGAAACAUUCUCUGCUUAAUAUGAAAAACAAAGAUGAUUCAACAUGCCACGUCCGACCAUCAGAAGACAUAAAUUUAGAUAUGAAAUAUAAGAAAAGAAAUACCUGUAAGAAAAAAACACAUAAACUUUACAGUGGUGAAGUUAUAGAAAAAUCAUCCAGUGCAUUUAGGUCAUUAAGCAUCAGCCCCCUGAAAGAGGUGCCUGAAGUGAAUAAACCUACUUUUUUUCUAGACCCUGAGAAAUACUUUAAGGAAGAGCCGGGGGAGGAGUAUCCUCAAAUUCCAGAGCAUCCAUUGCUUUCUGAAACUUUGAAAGCUGUAUUUGAUGAGAAAAACCUGUUUUCCAAAGAAAAUUCUGGAUUAUGA